UAAAAAGUGUCUGCAAUCUCACUUCCCUUAUAUACAAAGCUUCAAAACGACCAAACCAAAAGUCUCCCGCAAAGCCAUUACAGAGGAGGAGAAGAAGAAAUGGGUAUUGUGAUUCUGAUCCUCUUGUUAUGCUUCACCACACCCUUUGCAACAUUUUCUCAUCAGACCCACAAAGGAAUUGAAGAGAAUUCAAAACCAACAACACAAAAUCUACGUGAUGGGGAGAGACAGAUUAUAGAUGUGAAGGGUGGACCAGAUGAUGUGGUGUGGGUGGUUCAGCUCUCUGAUCUCCAUUUCAGUGUUCAUCAUCCCGACAGAGCUCUUGAUUUCAAGCAAUUGGUGGGCCCAACUCUUUCCAUCAUCAAUCCUUCCCUCGUCCUCAUCACUGGUGAUCUCACAGAUGGGAAAAGCAAGGAUUUGUUAACAAUGAAGCAAGAUGAGAAGGAGUGGGUGGAAUACAAAAAUGUAAUGGAAGAUGCUGUUAAAAGAAGUGGACUUAAGAAAAACCUCUUUUAUGAUCUUAGAGGGAAUCAUGAUAGUUUUGGUGUUCCAGUCAUUGGUAGCUCAUUUGAUUUCUAUUCUAAAUAUAGCAUCAAUGGGCAGUUGGGGAGAACUGGGCUGGUCAACAGUAUCACUGUGCAGACUGGUGAACGGAAUCUUCUCUUUGUGGGGUUUGACAGUACGAUGCCAGUCGGUUUACGAGGUCCAACUAAUCUUUUUGGGCAUCCGACUGACCAACUGUUAACUGAAUUAGAUUCUGAACUCUCGCAGUUGAAUUCUCAAUCAGCAAAACCAGUAACCAAAAUUUCCUUUGGGCAUUUUCCACUUUCAUUUUCAGCAGCUUCAAAUUCUGGAAAGAGCCUAAAGGAUAUCUUUCUCAAGCAUUCCUUGUCAGCUUACCUAUGUGGACAUCUUCAUACGAGGUUUGGGAAGAAUUUGAAACGGCACCAUCAGUUGGGUCAUCAUCUUUUCUUCUCCCAAAAGUAUUUCCAGUUAAAUAGUCAUCUAUCACCUCCAAAAAGGGGCAAAAAUUGUUCUAGUGCAGUCCCACCAGUCAAUGAAUUCUGGGAGUGGGAAAUGGGUGACUGGAGGAAGAGUAGAGCCAUGCGCAUUUUGGCCAUCGACAGAGGUUAUGUUUCAUUCGUUGAUAUUGACUUCAAGUUGGGAGCUAAAAGGACUAUUAUAUUGCCAACAUUUCCAUUAGACUCGCGCUUUAUGCUAACAACAUCAUCACUUAACGAGUACGAAUGCAAGUCUAUAGAUCCUUCAGUUUAUGGGAAUGUCAGAGCUCUUGUUUUUUCUGCUUCCCCAAUUGUGUCAGUUGUGGCUAGGAUCUAUGACUCCAGCCCUGGAAAGCUAUUAUUGGUCAUGGAGACAUCUAUGAGAAAGCAUGAGGGCACCUCCUCAAGGGGGGAUCUCUAUACUGCCCCAUGGAAUUUUAACGCCUUUGAGGAUCCAUCUCCUAAUAGAUUUUGGCUGCAAAUAGAGGCAACGGACAUAAUGGGCCGAUCAACUCUGACUGAAUCUAUACCAUUUUCUAUAAGUGGUCAUAGCGCUAGACUCAUAUGGACAUGGAAAGAAUUUAUCGUCAUGGGUUGUCAAUGGGAUGCUCUAUACUACCCAAUAUUUUGGUCUUUUUAUUUGCUCAUGUUCUCUAUUCUUCUUAUUCCAAAAGCUGUUGUUACUUUCUCAAAUAAGCAGUACACGUACAAUAAUUUCAACAAUGACAAGGGCUUCAUAAAUGGUAUAGCAUGGGUUUCAACAGAGCUGUACGGGAUUCCUUUAGUAUGGUUUGGAAUCUUAUGUUACUUGUUCUACCUUAUAUCAUGUCCUUGGUUUUUUGGAGAAGUUUUCACUGAUGGUGGAGUAAGGGGAUACAUGACCUAUAAAGGCUGGGUGGUAAAAUUCAACAACAAGAGCGCACUAGAAUUUAUUGGAUUUCCGGAUACAAUGGUAGUCGUUCUACCCCAUCUCUUUUUCGUGGUUUUGCCUGCUAUUUUGGUGACUGGACUAUUUGCUGCCGAAAGAUUGAUGUAUCGGGAACAUUUUCUUAGGCUUUCAGGGAAGAAAGAAGACGAUUAUGGUAUGGGGAAUAGGAGACGCCAAAUUUAUGAUUACUGGUGUAAUGGUAGAUCAAAGUUUUGGCUUGGCAAGCGGUGGAUCAGGAAUAUUCUCCUUUUGGUUUCUUUGGUGGUUUGUUGGAAGCAUUUCAAGAAUUGCAGAGAUCUUAUGAGAGCUUAUGAGAUGAAUCCGAUCAUUCAUUUCCCAGUAUAUAGCUUGUCAAUUCCACUGUUGUUGGCUUAUGCUGCCUACAAAACCAGUAGUGUCUCUGGAGCAUUGCAGAAAGUAAAUCAUGUUAGUUCUCCAUGAAAUUAACGUACACUGCUCCGGAAGCAGUUCUACAAGCUUCUUUUUGGAAAGUCGGAGAAGCAAAACAAUGUUUUUCUGAGUGGUUCACACGAAAUCCUGGAUUGAAAUCUGAAGGACCACGAAACAAUGAUGCUUCAUCUUCAUGUAUACUUAUCUGGUUCAGAGUAGGAGUUUGAGAACAUGAAAUGAGUAUGCGAAUUAGGGUUUGGAAAGGAGAUAAAGAUAUCUAAAUCAGAAAUUGAUGCAGAAAAAGAAGAAAUCUUCUCAUAGCUGCGUAGAUUAUGCUGUUUUUCUUGCUUAAAGUCGGGAGGAUGGGGAUUUCUAAGUCGUGUAGGUAGCCAGUUUAUCCUUGAAAAAUAAUAUUGUUUUAGUUGUGUACUUUUUAUUGAAUUUUUUUUUUUUCUUUCUUUUUUCCCUCCCACAUUUAGCCAAUUUACUGAAAUUUUUGCGCUGUAAAAGAAUUCAUGGUGCCGCAUCCUAAAAUUAUUAUUGUUGAAUGUGGUGGUAACUCUUCAGAGCUAGUUGAAUUGUGUGAAUUGAUGCUUGUUUAGUGUA